GACAGCUUAAAAAGAAUACGCGUUGCUUUGUUCUGUUCAUGAAACUUUGAAUUGCUUCUCUUUAAUACACCGUUCCUUUUUUCAAAUUACACAUACAUAUAUGUUUGCAUUGCUGAAAUAGAGUUAUUUGAAUUUACAAGAUGUCUUGCAUUGACAAGAUGUCCAUUAUGGGCAUUCGAUCUUUUGACAGUCGAUCAAGAGAAAGUAUUCAGUUUUUUUCUCCUUUAACGUUAAUUGUUGGACAGAAUGGUUCAGGAAAAACAACCAUUAUAGAAUGUUUAAAAUAUGCUGCCACAGGAAUACUUCCUCCAAACACCAAAGGUGGUGCUUUCAUACAUGAUCCGAAGUUGUGUGGUGAGAAAGAGGUUUUGGCGCAAGUGAAACUAGCGUUUAAAAACACAAAUCAAAUACGGAUGAUAUGUACGCGAUCAUUACAAUUGUUAGUAAAAAAGACAACAAGACAGCAGAAAACGCUUGACGGACAGUUAUUAAUCGUCAAUGAUGGUGAGCGAAGUACUAUCAGUAAUCGGUGUGCAGAGUUAGAUUUGCAAGUCCCGCUAAGUCUCGGAGUCAGUAGAGCACUUCUUGAUUAUGUUAUAUUUUGUCACCAAGAAGAAAGUUUCUGGCCAUUGAGUGAACCCUCAAAUCUGAAAAAGCGAUUUGACGAGAUUUUCGAGUCUAUGAAAUACGCCAAAGCCCUCGAGCAAUUAAAGAACGUACGACGUGAUCAGGAAAAUCAAAUUAAAGUUGAUCAAGCUAAUUUAGUACAUUUCCGGUCAGAUAAAGAACGGGCUGAAAAAAUCAGGUUACAACUUCACGGUUCUCAGAAACGCAUUUCAUUUAUUAAUCACAGAAUUGAAGAACUGGAUCAAAAAAUAUCACAUACGGCAAAACUUCAGGAUGAACUUUUCAGAUCCACUGAAGAAUUCGAGCAAAAAGAAGUUGCCAUAUCUCAGUAUGAAAACCAUUGCACUUUUCUGGCUUCAAGUAUAGAUGACUUAAAGCUUCACAUGAUUGAAAUGAACAACACUACAGAUGACUUAGAGAAUAUGUCUGCAAACUUUAAUGAACAGGUAGAAACUGAACAAAAACUUCUAUUAGAACUCGAAAAUAACAAGUCUUCAACCGAAAUUCGAUUAAGUGAAAACAGAAAAAGGAUGGAGGACCUCUCGGCUAAUUUAGGUCGUGCUGAAGGAGAACUAGCAUCUCUGGAACGGACUAAACGUAGAAAGGGAGAAACUUUGGAGAAUAUUGCUAGCUUGCACGGGUUUUCAGAGCGAAAUGAAAACGAAAUUAUAACAAAAUACCUUGAGUAUUUAGAUACAAAUAUGUCUGAAAACAAAAAAGAUUUGCAGCAAAUACGUGAUAAAAGAAAAGAGAAAAGUGCUCGUAUCGAGGGUUUAAAAGCUCAUGAGAUGUAUCUGCAGAAAACCAUUGCAGGUUUGGAAGAUUCUAUUGGGAAUAACCAAAAGACUAUUUCUUUUAUUCAAUCGCGUAUUGAAGAUCUCAGGCAUAUGGCUCAAACGAGAGAUUUGCUAUCCGAAGAACUAAAACGAGGAGAAAAGGAACUCCAGGAUGCCAGAAAAAUUUACGAAGACAAUGAAUGGAAUAAAAAAAUUGACAAAGAAAGAACGGAAAUACGUGAUACUGAAAGGGAACUGGAAAACUUAACUUCAUUGAGUGAUAAACUUCAUGAUAAUGCCAACAUUUACUCUAAGCUACAAUUACUAGUCGAGACGAGAGAAAAAUUAAUGGCUAACGUAGAAGAAGCUCGAAAAUAUUUCAAGCAGCGAUACUUUGAGUUAACCGCCCUUGAUAUUCAUACCGUCGAUGAAUUUUAUGAAAAUCUAGAUGCCUCUUUACAAAAAUCACAAGUAGCUAUAGAUGAACUAAAGAAAAAACUGAAUUCCGCGAAUGCUACUGUUGUUGAACUUGAAUAUAAAUAUAGUACUUAUCGUGAAGAACUAUUUCAGUUGGAGUCUCGAAAUAGCGAAAAGGCUCAGUUAAGUCAGUACCAAUCAGUCAACUUGGAUGAGCACAAUGAAAAUAUUCACAAAUUGGACACAAGGAUUGAAGACAGCAAACGAACAGCUCACUCCCUACAAUUUGGUAUAAGUUUUUAUGAAAAGGCGAUUCAGAUGUCUGACUCACACCAUGCCUGUCAACUAUGUCAAAGAAUGUUUGAAAAUGAUGAAGAAGCUGCUUUCGUUGAACAUUGCCGUGCGAUGAUAGAAAAUAUUCCUGGGAAAUUGUUAGAUGUAAAUCAGCAACUGGAGAGCUUACAUGAAGAGAGGAAAGCGUUAAGUGAUGUAAUUCCUCUUAUUCAAGAAGCAAGAUCAAUAAAAAGCUCGAUAAAGGAAAAAUCCGAUAUUUUGACCAUAACAGAACAGCAGUUAGAAAGUGCAAAAGAGCAAGCUGCCUCCCUGGAUUUGGAGUUGAAAGAUGUGAGCAAAAAACACCAGUCUUUUGAAAGUUUAAACCUCAAGUUGAAAGAUAUCGACCGUUUGAACGAGGAAACUGAAAAGUGCAAGAUGCACAUUUCGGAUCUACAGGCCCAACUUAGUCCAUCUUUAAAGGAAUUGGAUAUUAAUCAAAUUGGUCUUGAACGAAAGAAGAUGGCAGAAAUGAACAAAACUUCUAAGAAAAAUUUGGAGACAAUACUUAAUGAAGAGACCAAACAAAAAAGGGAGCUUGACAAUUUGAACAUAGCUAAUAAAGAAAGGGAAGUUAAGUUCUCAGAUCUAAAACUGAAAAUUAAUGAGUUACAUCAAUUGGAAGUUGAGGUAAAAAAUUGUGAUGAGAAGAAAGCUAAAUUACUUGGAGAUCUUGAAGAUGCUAAACAGUCUUGCGAGGAACAACGGCCAUUGUUUAAUAGACUUAAUGACGAUAUGCUUAGUUUGGAGAGUAAUCUUGAAAAACUUGAAGAAAAGAGCCGAACAUUAUUGCAAACUAAAAACGGUUUUCUUCAACAAGUACAAGAUUGGAAUAGAGAGUUACAGAUUGAUAUACAGUUUGAAUUAGAUCGCUUAGUUAAAGAGAAGGAUGGUCUUUAUCGAACUGUUGAAUACGAUCUAUCUGAAUUGAAUUCUAUUACCCAAAAAAUAAAAAGCAUUCAAGAAAGGUUGGCUGACCUGCGUUCAAGGGAACGCAAUAUUUCGGAUAACCUACGUCUUCGUCGAUUACACAGUCAGUUCUUGGAGGCCUUAGAAAACAAGAAUAGUCUGAUAGCUCAACAAGCAAAGACCAACAGACAAGCUUUUCGUGAUAAAAUGGAGUCCUUGAAAAUUCAAUAUGGAGCACUAAAUGCUGAGCGUGCCGGGUUAUUAGGUGAAUGUCGACAACUUGAUUCUGGUGUAAAUCAGUUAACUCAAGAUUUAAAUCUCGAAUAUAAAGACUCGGAUGAACGCUAUCGACGUCAAUUAAUUAAGACUAGGACGACUGAUAAAGCUAAUGAUGAUAUAGGAAAAUAUGCAAAAGCUUUAGACAUUGCCAUUAUGCAACUCCAUUCAUUAAAAAUGAAUGAAAUUAAUAGAAUUGUAGAUGAGUUAUGGAAACAGACCUACUGUGGUACAGACAUCGAUACUAUUUUAAUACGCUCGGACGCCGAAGGAAAAGGAAACCGCUCUUAUAAUUAUAGAGUUUGCAUGGUAAAGGGAGAUGCCGAAUUGGAUAUGAGAGGCCGUUGCAGUGCUGGUCAGAAAGUUCUGGCCUGUAUUAUAAUUCGUCUUGCCUUGGCAGAGUGUUUAGGUGUUAACUGUGGAAUACUAGCUCUUGAUGAACCUACAACGAACUUGGAUGAAGACAAUAUCAUAAGCUUAGCUAAAAGCUUAUCUAAAAUUGUCGAAUUUAGAAGGAGACAAGCAAACUUUCAACUAAUCAUUAUCACUCAUGAUGAACAAUUCAUCCGCCUAGUUAACACGGAUGCAUAUUGUGGUUACUAUUAUAAAGUGAAAAGAGACGCUAACCAAAACAGCAUUAUCGUGCGAGAAACGAUGUAAGCAUUCAUGUUGCUUUGGACAACUUAGUAAAGGAAUUAUGAUUCAUCAGAACCAUGAAUUUGUCACUAAACACAUUAUAAAAUACUUGCUUUAAAAUAGCAACAUAUGGAUUUUACUUUUAUUCAUUCAAUACUUAUUUUUGAUCCACCUAUGUUUGCGUUUCUCUGUAAUAAAUUUCCUUGAAAUAUAGAUUUAAUUAGGCGUACAAUGAG